AUGACCGUGUCGGACUACCCUACCGGCCGUGUCGGAGGUUCUGUUCUGUAUCCAAAAUAUUUUGAAGCCGCUUUCGACUUUUCUCAUCGAGACCGUCUUCUCAACGCUCUCCGCACCGAUGGAGUACCUGGAAAGUUUGUUCGCUUGGUUAAUGACAUGAUUCGACUUCGGGCUGGAGGACCACCUGGUCGAAAACUGAAGUUCUGGACUGAAGUCGUGAAAGAGGAUCUGAGGACAUUCGGCGUGGGUAGGCAGCUCAAGCGAGACGUGAGGUUUUGCAAGACAUUCAAUAACUACGAAUGGAUUGAUUCUGUGGAAGCUCUCGCAGAAGAUUGA